CCGGCCGUCGGCCGCAGAGCGCGGAGGCGGCGAGGACGACCGAGGAUAAGCAGCGUCGAUGCGGUCGCAACGGAGCACGCGGGUGGGGGUCGGCGCUGGAGCCGCUCGGAUGCCGGCUCCGUCGGCCAAAUGGACGGCGACCGGACCUAAAGAAGAAGAAGGCGAAGCGAGGAGCCGAGCCUUCCUGAGCCCAAGCCUCCCUCUAGCGCUCCAAAAAAGAAAAGCUUCAGGCAGAUCUGCUCUGCUCUAGACUUUUUUUUUCAGAGCAAGUGAUAAGGGACGAGGGGAUUUUUUGGGUGGAAUAAAUCGACGAAUUCAUCAGAUUGAGAAAAGGGAAUAAAGUGGCACCAAUAGUGCUCUGCAUGUCUAGAACCUGGAGCUUGAUAAAAUGUCCUUGUCAUUUCAAGUAAGACCAUUUCCCCCCAAGCAAACCCCCAAUAGUCGCAGGUAUAUUGUCUCGUGCAGUACCGGAUUUUUCUUUUAUCACCGGAUAGUAUCCGUAGCCGUCAAAGCACCGCUGGCUACGCGGAGUUUCCGCUGCAUGGGAUGAAAAUCUAUAUAUGCCGUAGCGCUGAGCUUCCUCUGAGGGAACAAAGGAAGGAAUAAUAUUCUUUGGGGACACGGGGAACAAUCUUUGAAAAAUCAUAAUUGAAUUGGCAUUGUAAGCUCAGAAUCCUUUGCUUUUUUGAGAAAGCAGAGUACCAUUCUGUUGCGGAAUGGACUGAACUUCACCUUCACCAGAUCAGUACCCAUUCAUAGGAUCGAUUUAUAAGAUUUGAUUUUCACCAGUUGGUCUUUGAUUUGCUUUGCCGGUCGACAUCCCAUGGAUGGAUCGACAAUGAACAUGGUCUAGUGGAAACAGUAUUUGCAACCGAUAACGUCUUUACCUUUGCACUUCCAUGUGGAAUCAAUUCCUCUGCAAACCAGCAGCGCGAGAAGCCCUGCCGUUUAUAGACACUAAAACAUCCAGGUCACAAAACCAAAGCUGUAUGGUAGAUGGUAACUGACCAUUCUCUUUGUUGAAAAGGGAAAACCUUAUUGAUGUGUCUACACUUGAUUAAUGUUUUGAUAUUUUUCAAUGGUGGUCAAUCUGGCUAGUGGGAAGCUUGAUCCAGUGAUCUACAACAGAUCGAUUUCCAUAAUAUGCCACACAGAGGAACAGUUGCUGCAUAAAUAAAUAUGUUAAAUCGCAUCAAAGUAUGUUUAUUGUAUACUCCCUCCACACUUAUUUUGGGACGGAGGGAGUAUUAGAUUGUAAAAAACCUCUAAGUUAGUAAACUAGAUCUGUCCAGUUUUAGGAAAUUUGUAAAUACAGUGUGCCUUGGUAAAAAAACACACUUCUUUAAAAAACUGGAAAUCAUAUUCUUAUCAUCUUUUUUCAUUUAUAUUCAUAUAUUCCUCUGCAUAUCUUACUUGCUCUCUCAGCUACAGGGUUAUUCAUGUUUCUUCUACUCGCGUUUGUUUCUGACGGCAACAGAGGCAAAGGAACAUACAUACUCAGGGUAGUCCCGACUGAUGCUUUUCAUGCAGAUAAAACAGUACGGAUAGCUGACCAGAAGUGAACAUGGAACCUCUUGAAUUAUUGCGGAAAGGUGUGAUUUGGGAGAAUAUAUGUUGAUCAGAAUAGGUUUUGUGAACGUCUGUAGGUCAUGCACGUAUGCAGAGAAUUGAUUCUCAAGUGCCUAUAAAUAUUUAACCCCAAUAAUACAAUCUGCCCCUGGCAUAUAAUGCCAUUUAGCCAGCUUUAGUACUAUCUUUGGGCGGUUGCACAGCAUCUAGAAUGGACAAGACAUGCAAACCCUGUAUUAAAUUAAAUUAGUAAAAGCUAACAUGUUAACCGAAGAGAAUUAGCUUUACCUAUUUCCUUUCCAAGUGAGGAGUUUCAGCUCCAUGCAGCCAUGGCUCCACCCUGUUGUGCUGUUUGAUGCAGAUUGGUCCACAUAGGGAUGUCUGUUACUUUUUUAGUUUUUAGUUGUGUAAUAAGGUUCUCAAUCAUGCCUUACCUUGACUAUCGUGUGUUGAUGUUGUAGACAGAUAUUAGAGGAAGUUUGUAGGAAGAGUGUUGUGGUUAGUACUCCAUCUGCAACCAACAAUUUUGAAAUGGCCAGUGACACAAACCCUAAUGAAGCAUCCAAGGGUGAUUGAGUUUGAGUUAUGGCUCCAUGGAGCCAAGAAACAUUUUCCUUUCCUUGUUCACUCGCUUGAAGUAAUAAGCCUACUAAGUCCUCAGCUACUAAUAGCUUCGUUAAACUGUUAAUCUUGUUACCAGGAAUCUUGUAGACCAUUUUCUUAGAAAUUACAUGCAUCUAUUUUGGCCUUUCCAGUUAUUUUUUUGCCUACCAUUGUGCACUACAGAUUACAGAACAGAGGAUGCCAAAUAUCCAGUAUAUUGUACUUUCUCGCAGGCAAUAUAUCAUUAUACACAGCUGCAUGCUUAAUCAGUGAUGCCCAUAUAGGAAGCCGGUAAUGGAGCUAGAAGCACAUUUACUCUGUAAAUGAUCUAGAGCGCAUUUGCUCGUUACUUAAGUAAUGGUCUAAGGUGGAGGCACUAGGAUUUCUAUUAGCCACACGAAGUGUGCAUAGCUGCUAGAUCUGCACCUCCCCAGCUCAGUUAGAAAGGCUAGGUCAGAGCAUCUCCAUGCCUCCACAGCCCCACUGGAUUCGCAAUUAUUGAGGCGCCUCCACUAUAAAAAGGCAACCAUCCACAAGAAGUAAGAACACAGCAAGCAAGGAAGCAAACAAGCAAGCACACAACAAGGACAAGACAGCAACUGAGAACCCUAGUACUGAACCAAAAGCUUUCAUAGGGGCUUACUGCGAAUGAACACCCAGAGGAAGCCUGGAGACUGGAACUGCAACUCGUGCCAGCACCUCAACUUCAGCCGCCGUGACUUCUGUCAGCGCUGCCGUGCCACGCGCUCGGAUCUGCAGCUCGGAGACGGCCGCUGUAUAGGUGGUGUGCUGACCUCCCUGGACGUUCGCCCAGGUGACUGGUACUGCAAUUGCGGCUACCACAACUUCGCCAGCCGCUCCAACUGCCUCAAGUGUGGCACAAUUGUGAGGGACUUCCCAGCAGGUCAGGGUGGCACUGGCGCUGCUGAGAGCGGUGGAGUUCGUGCUGGGUGGAAAACAGGUGACUGGAUAUGCACAAGGCCUGGCUGUAAUGUGCACAACUUUGCAAGCAGAAUUGAGUGCUAUCAUUGCAAUGCACCUAGGGAAGCAGGCACCGGGAAGUGAGGACCAACCAUGCCGACCGAGAUUGAGAGGCGUGACGAGAUGGCUUAGGACGAGACCAACCAUUGUCACACUUGCAAGCUACGAUCCAGGAAGAAUAAAACUACGCAGUAGUAUAUAUGAUGAUGAUGUAUUGCUACCUGUUAUACUACUAGCACUACCGUUGCAUGGUUGCGAGGGCGGGAGAAGUUCCCUUAGCUUCCAGAAUGUAACGCGUGCAUGGUCUCGCCGCGCCUCGUUCACGUUGGUUGAGGCGUCGCUCAUAUUGUACGGUUUGGAUUACUUGAAUAACUAUUCCUAACCAUCCUUGUAUGGUUAAUGCGCC